AUGUUGUCUGCCUUGCGCUCAUUCACGUCAAGACACAGGCCAGUCGCGUCUGCUUUCAAGCGAGUAUCCCGGCCGCGGCUACCCACCGCAAGGGCUUUCGCGACUGAGGCAGCAGAAGCGGGAGGGCAAAAUCUCUAUAAGCCUAAGAAGGAUUCUUUACUCAGUCCGACAAUAUGGCUGCUAGGCUUUCUUCCUGUCUUCGCUUUUGGUCUGGGUACAUGGCAGGUCCAGCGACUGCAAUGGAAAAUCAACCUCAUAGACGAGCUUGAGGAAAAGCUGCAUCGAGAACCCAUCCUCCUUCCCAGACAUGUAAAUCUAUCUGCCGUGCCAGACUUCAUCUACCGCAGAGUUCUAUUGAAGGGCAAAUGGGACCACAAACACUCCUUGCUUCUGGGUCCACGGGUGAGAGAAGGUGCACACGGCCAUCAUGUUGUCACUCCUCUCGUCCGGUCGGAUGGUUCGACCAUCCUUGUCGACCGAGGUUUCAUCACGAACGAGCAUGCAGACGACUACGUCAGAGGCGAAGACGCAGAGGUGGAGGUCGUGGGGAUGCUUCGGACGUCUCAUGUCCGCAAUCGCUUCACGCCAGACAACGACCCUCAAGGAGGUCACUGGUAUUGGGCCGAUGUUGACGCCAUGGCGAAUUACGCUGGUGGAGAAGGUGCCAACGUGCAGCCAGUUUACGUCGAGCAGAUUGCAGAUUACAACGAUGGCGAAGCACUGUCCCGUAUCAGCAGAGGCGUUCCCGUUGGCCGUUCUGCUACGGUAGAUGUCCGUAAUGCGCACCUUUCUUAUGUGAUCACAUGGUAUUCAUUAUCGGCUUUCACAGCAGUGAUGUUAGCCAGGUUAGUCACCAAACGUCGUGCACAACAUAGAAUCAGGCCCCUCCCACGUUAGGUACCCCGUCGUUGGUGUGUUCAUUCUACUGUAGUUGGCAUAUUCCCUCC